AUGCAAAAUAUACAGCUACGAGGACUGGUUCUGUUAAAAGACAGUUUGGAAUGCAGCGCCGAGCGACUUUGGGCCAGCUUACUGGUGCAGAGUGCUUCGAGCAAAGAUGGCAAAAGAGCCGUGCACGUUUAUCUGUUAACUUCCUGGCUAAAUUCGUUGCGGAAGCGCUUCCCAAGCAUAUUCGAUUGCGCCGCAUCAGUGAAAGAAGUUAAUUCGUUGCUCGAUGUUCUCGACGAAGCUCAUUUCGUUGGUGACCGUCGCACAGACCCUGUGAUUUUCCUGGAUGCCCUUGAUACAGCCUUUUUGGGGCUAUCGUUCGACCGAGUAAUUUCGUUACUGAAAGCAUUAUCAGAUCAUGCAGCUGUAGUUGCUCGAGUACAUGAAGAAUGCUUAUCUCUGCGCGACUGGGAAAGACUGAGCUCAAUUGCUGCAGUAACGUGCUCUCUCAAAGUGAGCGAAGACGCGGCAUCUGUUUGUGCAGCGACGGUCUGGUACAGGAAGGGAAGGAGAAUUGUGACGGUGAGAUUGCCUUCUUAG